GCAGCAGUUCUCAAUAGUGUUAUAUAUAGAAAUCAGAUCGGUCAUUGUUUCCCAGCCUGCUAAAUAAAACUAGACCGCUGGAAUGGCAUGCCACUUGACCUCCAGGGCGUCCACAGCAGUGUUUAACAGGCACAAAGGGAGUACUCUUGCAAGUAUCUCCUGUUUACAUGCCAGAUUCCCCUGCUAGUUCACACAAUGUUCAAAAGGCACAAGUCCCUGGAACGCAAGAGGGAAUUGUUAUUCCAGGGACUGCCACAGUCCACAAUGAAGAAUAAUGCGAGAAAUUUCCACUCUUUGUCACAACUUGUACUCUCAGCAGGCCCGCUCAAAACUACUACAGCAGUCAAACAUUCAAAAACGACUCACUUUGAGAUCGAAAUACUGGAUGCUCAUACAAGAAAACAAAUAUGUAUUGUGGAUAAGGUCACACAAACAUCAACUAUUCAUGAUGUCAAACAGAAGUUUCACAAAGCAUGUCCAAAGUGGUACCCUUCUCGAAUUGGCCUACAACUAGAAUAUGGUGGCCCAUAUUUGAGGGACUACAUCACAGUUCAAAGUGUUGCAGCUUCUUCAAUUAUCACACUCUAUUUUACAGACUUGGGUCAGCAAGUCGGGUGGACUACAGUCUUUUUGGCUGAAUACUCAGGACCUCUGUUAAUAUACCUUCUUUUUUACUUGAGGAGCUCAUACAUAUAUGAUGUCAAGGAGAGCACUAGAUGGCCCCGGCACCCUGUGGUACACUUGGCUUUCUUCUGCCAUUGUAUCCACUACAUCCGACUCCUCCUGGAGACUUUAUUUGUUCACAAAGUUUCUACAGGACACAGUCCUAUGAAAAACUUGAUAAAGGGUUGUGCAUUUUAUUGGGGAUUCACUUCUUGGAUGGCUUAUUAUAUUAAUCACCCAAGAUAUACACCACCAUCAUUUGGAAACAGGCAAGUAAUAGUGUCUGCUAUCAACUUUCUGUUUUGUGAAGCUGGAAAUCAUUUCAUCAAUACAGUUUUGGCUCAUCCAAAUCACACAGGUAGCAAUGCCUGUUUCCCAAGUCCAAAUUACAACCCCUUUACAUGGUUGUUUUUCCUGGUUUCCUGUCCUAACUAUACCUAUGAGAUCGGAUCUUGGAUUAGUUUCACAGUUAUGACCCAGACACUUCCAGUUGGUAUUUUCACAAUCUUAAUGACCAUCCAGAUGUCUCUGUGGGCACGAAAGAAGCAUAAAAUAUAUCGGAAGAAGUUCAACUCAUAUGUUCAUAGGAAAUCAGCCAUAAUUCCACUCAUAUUAUAAGUAAAUAUAGCUAUUCUAAUCUGAGCAAGAAGUGCAGAAUAUAAAUUCACUCAAAAAGGCUUAGGAAGUGAUUACCUAUUAUAAUGCAACAAUUUUAUUCUAAAUAUUCCUCUCCAAACUCUCCUGUCUAUACCCACAACUCUUUGCCUAUUCUUUCCCUCACCCUUCUCUCAGCAUUGUGAUCUGCUGACUUGUGGGUUUUGCCUCAUCUCUGUGAGCUCACAUUAUCAGCCCGAUGAGUUUGAAGACACCGUUUCCUUGGAGUUCUCUAUCAUUUCUGGGCUCUUACAAUCUUUCCAUCUCCUCAUUAGCAUAGAUGUCUAAGUCUUAAGGAAGGGGGUUUAUUUAAGUUACAGCUUAUAUCUAUAUUAAAAUGCUGUCUCUAAAAUGUAAGCCAAGUUACAAAAUUCCUGAUUUUGUUUGUGUGUUGACAUUUGCCAGGAAUGGAUCAAAAAUUUAAGAUGUUUCAGCCCAAAUUAUAAUUAUUGGUCUCAGUUCAGGUCAAAAUUCAGCUAUUGGUGUAUUUCAAUUAUACCAAGUUUGCUCCUGAAAUAAAAAUUUUCCUUGAAUUAAUAAUAAUGAUUCUUCUAUUUAUAUUGUUUACAACAUAAAAGUAUAAAAUAAUCCUCUGGUUUUCUCAAUAUAUUCAAAGAGAAUAUAGCUUAAUGUUGCUGUAUAGGUUCAAUUAAAGUUACUCUUGUACCUUAGAUGACUUGUACCAUCUGUGUAUAACAAUAAUAAUUAAAAAUUCAGUUUCUAAAGGCUGUUUAAAAGUUAAUUUAUGCCCUGAUUCAUAUAGAACUUUAUAAUUACUGUUGGUUUCAAGGAGCCUCAGUAUAGAAAGUCCCAAAGACAGUAUUUCUUGCUAACAGGCCCACUUUAUUUUUGAAAUACUUUUCAGUGAUGAUGCAUGAAAACUGCAAAAUGAUACUUGGAAUUAUUUACAAAAUCAAUGUACAAGUAACUUAGAAUGACUUUUGCCAGAAAAAAAAAAGAAUUUCUAUUCUUGAAUUUAACAAGAAACAAAGACCUGUAAUAUGGUGCCAAAAUAAAGUAAAAUUUGUAUAAUAUAUUAAAAGGAAUCAAGAUAAU